AAGCCAGCCGCCUCAUCGUGUUCCCCUUGCUGCAGCACUCCUUACUGCAAUCACGCAGCAAGGUGACUCGGAGCUUUCUGCAGGUAGAGUUCGUUGAGUUGCUGUUGUUGUGUUCGAAUUAUAUCGCAUGCCCUCCUGAAGCUUUACAAUAUCUUCGGAUGUUCCCUCUGUCGUUAUCAUAGUACUACCAAGUCUUGGACCCUCCGGACGUUACUAAGGGACUUUUCGCGCGAUCGAUUCGGUACCAGCGUAACGCAUUCCAACAAUGGCUCCGUCUUUGACCCUUCGUCCUCGCACUCGCGACGACCGGCCUCCUACAAGGGACAACACCGAUCACAGUCUCAUCAUCCCCAGCCGGACGUCCUCUCUCCAUUCGCGAAUCACCCAGCCGCUCCCUUCAACAUUGAACGUCAAACAGGGUGCUCGCAGCCCCAAGACAUUGACCCAUGCGUAUAUGGUAUGCGGUGUUGGCCGGGAACCGUCGCAAUGGGUGAAGGCACCAGCACUAGCUCAGGGCAAGAUUGGGCACAUGAAGGGCGCAGUGGGCACUUUCUGGCUGCCAGAGAUCUUGGGUAGCAGUCCUAGGUUGGAGCAAGACAACGAGAUUGCAAGGUCUCUUCACGCUGCUAUGCGAGCAUGCUUCCCACACGAUGUCGAGAUCUGUACCGGACGAAGCCAGCCGCAUUGUGUGCACCACUCCUUUGUCCUCCAGCAAGAUUCUUCCCACACUCUCUACGGUAUUGCCCUGCGUGUCUGGUCCCGCGCCGACGAGAAGAGGGCCGAGACGAUUCGUGAUCUGCGCAAGCGCAUCGAACCGGACUUCUUCGACAGCCCUGAUGAGACCUACUGGAUCCCAUAUUGCCUGAGUUUCCUCUCGAGGUAUCCCUUGUACAACUUGCUCGGCGACUAUCUUCGAGGGAUGUGGAUUCACUGGAACAAGGCGACAAACCUGUUCCACGCUGAAGAGGUGUCUCGCAUACUGAGCUUUCCCGCGCCACGACUGAACGACCUAGUCCGCAUUGACAUGAAGGACUAUGCGUUGUGUUACCAGUUCCCCUCUUCGCCAACCGGUUUCCAAAAUUUCGCCAUGUGGCCGCUGUUCACCUGUCUCUCAAUUCCCAACAUUGUUGGCGUUAUCGAGGCCGCAGUAUCGCCAACACGACGAAUCAUCUUCACCAGUCACUACCCCGCCGUACUUACUAUCGCAGCCGAAACUGUGCGAUAUUGCGUUCGGGUGUAUGAGUGGAGCGGUCUGUACGUACCUGUCGUGCAUGCGCGUCACGUUAAGGACCUCGUACAGGAGCCGGGUCCGUACAUCCUUGGUGUAACAUCGGAAUGUCGAUCGCUGUUCACUGCUCCAACCGACGCCCUAGUGGUAGACCUGGACCGAAACUUUGUGCUGACUUCGAGCCCACCGACUGCCCUGACAGCUGGACAGAGGACGAAGAUGAUUCAGCGUCUCACACAGGCUCUCAACGGCGAAGUGUCGCCGACUGGUGUCCCACAACAUCUGCGUUCUGCUUAUGGUGGUGGCAAGCUGAUCCCUGCUGGUCAGAUCAUCGUCAUGCGCGGCGAGGUUGAGAGCAUUCAAGAUCCAGACUGGUGGAACCAGGAUGCGGUAAUGUCCGUCAUGGACCACGUGUGCGAGAAACUCGGACGUAACAGUGGGAUGAAGGCAAUCUUCGGUGGAUCUGUCAAGAAGCCACUGAUGACAAAGGUUUCUAUGCGCCACCUCAACGAGAUUGUUCGCGAACGCAACCAGUAUUCUCGUGACGCCCAGGAAGCUUGGCAGGACUUCAUCAACCUCAAGGGUCGCAUGGACACGGAGCUCUCCAAGGUCUCCAAACGCAACAACUUCCUGGUUGAGGAGCUUGAGAGCUGGAAGCAGCAAUUCCUUAAGUUCCAGACAUUUGCUGAGCAACUCACCAAGGAGACUCAGGAGCUCAAGGUCAAGAUCGAGAACCAUAAGCGUGAGAACCGUCGCCUUACUAGUCUCAUCGACCAGCAGAAGGACGAUGCUGCACGUCUUACCAUCCGCCUCUCUGGAACCGAGAAGCAGCGUGAUGAUGCUUUGGAAGCCCUUGUUCUUCAGCAGGAGAUUGCCGAGGAGCUCGAGCGCGAGAGGAAGAGGAACAAGAAAGAGCUGUCUGCUCUUCAGCACACCAACUCCGCCAUUCUUCGACAGCGUGAUGAGACUCAGCGCGUGGUUCUCCACCUGCGCGCUCUUAUCGAGGGCCAGACCCACCACAUGGAGCACAUUGUCAAGUCCCUGAACCAGGACGACAUGAACAACUACAUGGUAGAGGGCUUCGAGGACGUUGAGGAAGAGGAGGAGGAAGAGUUUCACGACUCUGAGGUUCCUCAGACUCCCAGGAAGGACAGGUCAGAGGUUGGCACCAUUCGCGGCAUGUCUGGUAUUGACAGCCAGACUGGCUCGAGAUCCAGCACCGCCAACGGUACGCAUCUCGAGGGCGAGGACGUCACACCCGACAUGGAACAUCGCUUACACAACUCUCCAGCGCGCAACUCGAAGCGCUUCUCCAACCAGUCCAUGGUCGAUGUUGCCGAUCGCGUCCUUCGCGACAAGACCGACGCCAUCGCAUACAUCAUCCGCAAUAUCUCCGAGCAGUGCGCCGCCGCCGUCGAGGGACUCCAGCUCGCCCAGCGCGCCGACACCGAAGAUGGCGAUAACCACAGCGAGCGCCGCGCUAGCGUAGGCCAACAAUCAACUGUCGACGGCCGCACACAGUCCACAAUCGGCAGUGAAUACGGCGAUGAGGACAUGCUCCGCCCUGGCCGCGGCUCCAGCAUCCCUCCCACCCCCGAUCUGACCCACCGAUCAAGCACAUCGAUGUCCAUGGCCAGCGCCUCGACAACACCAGACAGGACGAGCCUGCAGCACCGGACCCACGACGUCCCUGACGUGCCCACCCGCAUCAUAGAAGACGAGCUGUUCGAGGACAACAACUCGUACUCCGACCUGCCUGUGUCCAAGUACGCAACCCCUCUUCCUCGCUCGCGACAGAGCUCGCGGCAUGUGCGGUAGACCCGCACGGCUUAUGUACGACGAUCUCUCAGCUGGCUCAACUAGGCCUCUCUAUCGCAGUUAACCUGCACAUUAUAGCUCUUUGAGCCACAUUUGCAUUUAGCCUUUCCUUUGGCGCUGGCGUUGGCGUCAGAAGGGGCGAACUCACGUUCUUACUGUCCUUGAUCACACGUUGCAUCUAUAUGCUUACCAUCCCCUACGACCUUCUUGUGUACGGCCAUUCUCAUUUUGGUAGCGCUGGCAGCGCAGAGGUGGAAAUGAACGAUCGUCGAGCACGAUUGCGAGAGAGCCUGGGCGAAGGCGGAGAUGUCUUCCUAUGUAUCUUAUCUUAGCGAGCUUUUUUGUUAGUAUAAUAC